CCCAUGAGGUGCGCCACGUUACGUUUGAAGUCAGUGAGGAGGUGAGCGACGUCACCGCCUCGUCUCAGGUGCCCUCCGCCGUCCCGCCCGAGGAUGACCCCCCCAUCCCCACGGCCACGACCCCCCCGACCCUCCCCGACGCCCACCUCCCGCACCACGCAUCCCACCUCGACCUCCAGCCCGCCCAUCACACGCCGCCCGACGAGCACGGACUGGAGGAGGAGCACGGACUGGAGGAGGAGCACGGGGUAGAGGAGGAACACGAACUGGAGGAGGGGCAUGUACUGGAGGAGGAGCACGGACUGGAGGAGGGGCAUGGACUGGAGGAGGAGCACGGAUUAGAGGAAGAGCACGAAUUGGAGGAGGAGCACGGGCUGGAAAAGGAGGAGCACGGGCUGGAGGAGGAGCACGGACUAGAGGAAGAGCUCGAAUUGGAGGAGGAGCACGGGCUGGAGGAGGAGGAGCACGGGCUGGAGGAGAAAAAGCAUGCCCUCGACACUGAAGGAUUCCUCUCCGGCGACCCGUCCGUCGAGGACUCCGUGAAGGACGAAGGGAGUCUAGGCGCUCUCCAGGAAGGCGAGGACGUGGAGCUCGAGGCUAAGGAGGAAGAAGGAGGCCUCGGGGAGGACACGGCAGCGGAGAGGGUCUCGGGGGAGAGCGCCUCGGAAGAACAUGACCCGCAGGACAUCGCGGGGGGCGUCGUUCCCGAAGACACCGCGGCCGAGGAAACCAGCCUGGCGGAGGACGCGUCGGCCGGCCCGGAACACCCACUUCCAGAAGACCAAGAAGAGGAAAGCGCAACGCACGGCGCCGAACUGCAAGAACACGUGACGGACGAAAGUGCAGUGGAGGAACAUGUGAGUGAGGAAAGUACGGUUCAGGAGGAAACGUCAGAACAAAUUGUUACCGAAGAAAAUACCUUUGAGGAAAGCAUAGUGGUAGAAAAAUCGCCCGUGGAAAAUCUAUCGACAGAGAGCAAACCAGAAGACUCAGUACCUGAAGAAAGUGACCUUGGAGAAAGCAAAGCAGCUGAAAGCUUUUCAGAAGCAAAUACGACAAGUGAAGUCGCACCAGAAGAGGAGAUGACAAACGAGAAUGUUCAGGCAGAGAGUGUCACAAUGGAAAGCGUGUCAGAAGAGAAGGCAGUGGAGAAGGAACCAGAGGAAGAGACGCCCGUACAUGCUGUCGAGAAGAUGCUAGCCGACGAGACGCGAGAGACUGUCGUUCUGGCCGAGCCCGUCGUCGAGGAGAGUGGCAGCAAAGAGGAAGAGAAUAAGACGGAAAGGGAGCCUGUCUCGGAAAGGCACACCGCGGAGGAGGACGUAGCAGAGGUGGUCGCCCCGGGGGAAGGUGAAGAAAGCGGAGCCCAAGAGGACAUCCCACAAGACCAGGCUGCGGCAGAGGAGGAGGUGGAGAAGGAGGAGCUAGCUACAGCGGCACAAGACGCGGUGAGUCCUGGCGAGGAGCAGGAAGAAUUUACAGCAGACUCAUCGGAGCAGGAGGAAGUUACAGCAGACGCAUCGGAGCAGGAAGUUAGCCAUGAAGAACCUAACUCAACAGAUAUCAUGGAUUCCAGAGUUAAGAAGGAAGUAGAGAUUACCGUGGAAGAAAAAAGAAGCGCUGAGGAAACUGCAGGCGAAGGCGAAAUCGUGCCCCUCGAUCUGGAAGCCUCGGAAGAAGAGGAGACGCAGCCGAUCCCAGACCGCGGCCGAAGAGGACCAUGCCGGAUCUCCCUCCCCAGCCGAAGGCCAGAGUGACCACAGCGGCGUGGCCUUCGUCAACGAUGCGCCGUCGUCCCUGGAUAGCUCUGAGUUGUCCUCCGAAGACGUCCCCAUCCCGGUGGAGAGGCACGCGGACACCGAGAGCGACAGCGGGGUGGAAAUGACGCCGGCAGAAACUCCUCGCAAAUCCCGCAUCUACAUCGAGAAUGACUAUGAAGACCCCGCUCACGCCACCCACCCCGAGGAUCCCGCUGUUUCCGAGGACGCCGGUAAAGAGGAAAGCGAGCACAGAGUAGUCAACAGCGGCCUUGAGAGCAUGAGCAUGACCUCGCCGACUCCUGAGGUGCCACCGGAAAGUAUGCCAGUCGAGAUCACUGCCGAGGAAGACCAGGUUCCUCCUGCCAACAGUGAGGAAAUAGAAUCGGUCACUCCGCCCCUCGACGCCGCAGAGCCAGAGGAGAACAUUACCACAGUCAUCGAUAAGGUCGAGGAACCUCCCGCAGUACACGAGACGGAGGAGAAGGUGAGCGUAGUCGAGGACGUUUCUCCGAGUUCGAGUGCUGCCCCAGUGCUCGCCGAGGAUUACCCAGACUCCUACACUGAUCCUCUGGAUGUGGCCGACCUGCCUGACAUCGACGUGACGCACGAGAACUUGCCAUCCAAGGACCACCCUCUGGACAAGGGCGAGGAGGCCGGCGCUGGCCAGCCCAGUGAUCAUGC